AUGGCGAGUGACUCUUACGUAUUGACUCUGAAAGAUCAAGAGGUUUUAUUCGAAUCUAUUAUCAAGAUUACUAGACGAGUGAGGAACCAGGAAAAUCCAUCUCGUCAAUUUUUGGUUGGACGUCUAUCAAAUCUGCAAGAAUUUUGGGAAAGGUGCAGAAAAAAUCAUGUGCUGUUAAUAGCAAAUCCGCCUGUCGCUCCUGGAAAUUCCGUUCACGAGAGCGAUUAUGAAGACGCUAGUGAUCUACAAAUUUAUGAUCCUGCUAAAUUCAACGAAACAGAGGAAAUCUAUGAGGAUGCGAUAGAUUUAAUUUUGUCUCAACUCCCAGAACCGCCAGUCAUCCAAGCUGCUCCGCACCAAGAAGUUCCCGGACAAUCCAGACCAGACAGUCAUCACCGUCCAACAGCGCCAUCAGUUCAUUUACCGCGUAUCACAAUUCCGAAAUUCUCGGGUGAGUACAGUGAGUGGCUUGCUUUUCGCGAUUUAUUUACAUCUUUGGUAAUUAAAAAUGAAUCUCUUUCGGAUGCUGAACGUUUACAUUAUUUAAAAGUUAGUCUUGCCGACGAGGCUUUAAUAAUCGCGCAAAAUCAACCCGGAACAGCUAAUAAUUUUCAAAUUAUCUGGAAAAAUUUAGAAUCUCGUUACGAUAAUUGUAAAGCUUUGGUGUUUGACUAUUUAAAAAAGAUUGUAGAACUUCCAGAUAUUACCUCAGAUUUUCUUGCUAAUUUGAAACACAUGCGUAAUGUUAUUAUUACUGUGAGUACUGCUUUGACAAAUUUAAAUCGCCCAAUCGAUGAGAAGAAUGAUCUCUUUGUUUAUAUUCUUAUUAAUAAACUUGACAAAUGUUCGCGAGAUCAAUGGGAAUUAGUAGUAAGUGAUUCGACGGAUCCUCCCUCUCUAAAUGAGUUUACUAAAUUUUUGGACAUGCGUAUUCGUGCGCUUGAGGCAUCUGUAACUGUUAAGAAACGUUUUGACAACAAAAGUGCGACUAACUCAUCGCAUCCCCAUAAUAAUUCUCGGCCUAAAGUUUUUUCUCAUCAAAGCUCGUCCAAAUUGUCUUGCUGCCUGUGCAAGGGAGAACAUAAUUUGUAUUCCUGUCCGCAAUUUAAAGCAAAAUCCGCGAAUGAGAGGUAUGACUGCGUUCGUGAAAAUAAUCGAUGUACUAACUGUUUGGGUAAACAUUAUCGUAAUGCGUGUGUAAGCAAAAAUGUUUGUUCAAAGUGUGGUAAACCGCAUCACUCUCUCUUGCAUCGCGAGCAAGGCAAUUAUAAUUCUAACAAUACUACUUCAAAAUCAAAUGAUAAUGACUGUAGUUCGGAUGUUUCAAGCUCACAAAAUCAAUCAAAAAUUGAAAAACUUGUAUCGUCUCAUUUGCAUGAGACUGAAAGUCGGCGAGCUGUCUUAUUAGCAACGGCUCGUGUGAUAGUAGAAGCGCCUAACGGUCGUCGAGUACAAAUUCGAGCUUUACUUGAUCAAGGCUCCGAAGCCACUUUUAUUUCAGAAUCGGUCGUGCAACUAUUACAUCUCUCUCGCAAAAAUGUUAAUGUUAUGGUAUCUGGAUUAGGAGGAAACUCGUCAAAUAAAGUCAUUCAUUCCGCGCAAAUUUUAGUAAAGCCCGUCAAACCUGGUACUGAUUUUCUCACGACUCAAGCAUUCAUCCUUCCAAAGAUCACAUCCUACGUCCCUACAGAAUUCGCGUUAUCCAAAAUACCUUCAAAUUUACAAAACUUAGAGCUCGCUGAUCCUUGUCCUUGCUCAAGUGACGCCAUUGAUUUAUUGAUUGGUGCCGAUUUAUACAGUCAAACCUUGAAACAGGGAGUUUGUCCUGGUACCUCUGGUAGCCUCAUUGCCCAAUCAACCAUCUUCGGAUGGAUUCUUUCUGGACCUCUUCCAAAUUUAUCUUCUCACGUACUCCACAUUAAUGUCCAUCAUGCACUAAAUGCCUCUGUUGAUCAAUCAAUUGCUCGAUUCUGGGAAUUGGAAGAAGUUCCUCACAGUAUUCCUCUUACAAAAAAAGAAAUUGAUUGUGAAAAUCAUUUUGCUGAGACUCAUUCAAGGGAUUUGUCUGGUAAAUACACGGUUAAGCUUCCCUUCGAUCAAGAUCCCAAUAUUCUCGGAGAUUCGCUAUCUACUGCUCUUAAUUCGUUUGACAGAUUAGAAAAAAGAUUUUCGCGUAAUCCACUACUCGCUUUAAAUUAUCAAGAGUUUAUAACUAAUUAUAAAGCAAUGGGUCAUAUGUCUCUGCUAGGCACAUUGGAUGAAUGUGAUCCGCGAAACGUAUUCAUUCCUCACCAUCCAGUGUUACGAGAUUGCAGUCAAACAAUGAAGCUGAGAGUAGUCUUCAACGCUUCAAGUCCUACCUCAACCAAGAUUUCCCUGAACGAUUGUUUACACGUGGGUCCUAAACUACAGAACGAGAUUUCGACAAUAAUCUUGAAUUGGCGUCAGCAUAAAUACGUUUUAUGUGCUGAUAUCGCUAACAUGUUUCGUCAGAUUUUAAUAUCCCCGGAUGAUCGCAAAUAUCAGUGUAUUAUUUGGCGUGAUUCACCUGCUGACUCUCUUCAAGUGUAUGAGUUAAAUACAGUUACGUACGGUAUGGCUAGUUCACCAUACUUAGCAAUCAGAGUGUUACGUCAAUUGGCGAAGGAUGAAGAAGCGAAUUUCCCCAUCGCAGCUCCGAUUUUAUUGAAUGACACCUACGUUGACGAUACAUUUCUUGGAGGAAAAGAUAAAGUGUCCGCCUUAACAGCCCGAGAUCAGUUGAUUGCUUUAACUUCUUCAGGUGGAUUUCCAUUGCGCAAGUGGUUUAGCAAUGAACCGGAGUUGCUUGAGGGAUUGCCUGACGUGGAGCAUGGCCUUGCAAUGGAAAUGCCUCUCGGUGAUUCCUCUGGUUUUAAAGUUCUAGGCAUCUUUUGGGAUCCUGCGGCUGAUGCCUUUAUCUACCGGUUCUCUGCACUUCCUUCAGAUAAUCCUACUAAGCGCUCGUUACUCUCGGCUGCUUCAAAACUUUUUGACCCACUGGGAUGGAUAUCGCCAGUGACUAUCUCUGCAAAAAUCCUACUUCAAAAGCUCUGGCUUCGAAAACUUGAUUGGGAUGAUUUACUCCCUUCCGAUCUUGCUCACGAAUGGGAUGACUUUCGUAUAAAACUCUCUAAGUUAUCACAAGUUUCUGUCCCUCGGUAUAUCGCUCUGGACAAUAAUUCUUCCAACUUGCAGAUACAUGGUUUUUCUGACGCAUCGAGUGUUGCCUAUGCUGCUGUCGUAUAUAGUCGAGUUGUAACUGCGUCGGGAACAAUUUUAGUAAGUCUCCUUACCGCAAAAACUAAAGUUGCUCCGUUAAAAACAAUAAGCAUACCUAGAUUGGAGUUGUGCGCGGCAAGCCUACUAACAACUCUACUUUCUUUUGUUAUAAGGUCGCUAAAUCUGGUUGAUGUUCCAAUUUAUUGUUGGACAGAUUCGUCUGUGGUUUUGAGUUGGCUACAAAAGCCACCUGUCACGUGGACAGUGUUUGUUGCAAAUCGCGUCUCCGCAAUUCAAACAAGUUUACCUUCUGCUCUUUGGAAUCACGUUCCAUCAAAAGAAAACCCGGCUGAUUGCGCAUCCCGUGGCUUAUCUGCUGAAAAUUUACCUUCGUUUACCUUAUGGUGGCGAGGCCCUCCAUGGUUAUCUAACUCGUCAGGUAAUUGGCCACAACGUGAUUCGAAUAUUCUCAACACCGAACAAGAAAAACGGAUGACCUCGCACAAUGUUACUCAAGACAAAGAAGACUGGCAUUUAAAAUUGAUAAAAAAAAUGUCUUCUUGGGCUCGGUUGUUACGAGUCACUGCCUAUGUUCUGCGAGCGAUUAAUGUAUUCAAAACUAAGGUUAAACCUAAAGUUCCUAUGACAGCAAUCGAAAUUCGAGAGGCUUCUAUUUUUUGGGUUCGUUACGUUCAAGCCACUGCUUUUUCUAGAGAGACCGACGCAAUUAAAUCUAACAAUCUACUACCAAGAGACUCUCCGCUUAAACGACUUAACCCGUUUAUUGAUGAUAAUGGAAUUGUGCGUCUUGGUGGCCGGUUGCUCCAAUCUAAUUUGUCAAUUUAUCAGCAGCCUCCUGCUAUUCUACCUAAACAUGUUUUGUCUCGAAUGAUCUUAGAACAGUUUCAUAAAAACUUGUUACAUUCCGGAAUACAAUUAACCUUGUACAUGUCGCGUACCCAAUAUUGGAUAAUCAACGGUCGAAGUCAAACCAAUGCAGUUGUCAACCGUUGCGUUACUUGCGUCCGACACAAGGCUCGAACUGAAACCCAAAUAAUGGGUGACCUUCCAACUGCCAGAAUAUCUCCUUCCCGUCCGUUUUCCCACACCGGUCUUGACUACGCGGGACCAUUUUUGGUUCGAUCGUCCUCAGGUCGUGGUUCUAAGUCACACAAGGCCUGGAUUGCAGUCUUUAUAUGCCUUGCAGUAAAAGCAAUCCAUUUGGAACUGGUUCAUGAUUUAUCGACAGCAACUUUUAUUGCGGCCUUUAGGCGCUUCACUUCACGCCGUGGAAUUCCGUCUGACCUGUAUAGCGAUAAUGGUACGAAUUUUCGCGGCGCUGAUCGCGAGCUUUCGCAGACUUUCCGGACUCUCCUAAAAGAUCCUAUUCUUGCAGCUCAACUCGCUUCUGAUGGUACUACAUGGCACUUUAUGCCACCGUACGCUCCCAACUUCGGCGGAUUAUGGGAGGCGGGUGUUAAAAGUGUAAAAGGGCAUUUACGUAAAUUGUUAUCUAAUUCGACACCGACCGCGGAAGAACUCACCACUCUUUUGUGCCAAAUUGAAAGUUGUUUAAAUUCGCGUCCCCUCGUUCCGAUCAACGAGGAUCCGGAGAGCUGCGACGUGCUCACACCGGGACAUUUUUUAGUGGGUUCCGCUCUGAAAAUAGUACCUACACCUUCCUAUCUUGAUGUACCUGAAAACCGUCUGACUCGUUGGCAAUUUUACCAACGCAUUCUAGAGCAUUUUUGGAGAUCUUGGUCUCGAGUAUAUUUACAAACUUUGCAGCAACGAACCAAAUGGUUUUCAGCCCGACCUAACAUUAAAGUUGGUGAUAUUGUCUUGAUUAAAAAUGAAGAUUCUCCGCCAUCUAAAUGGGAUUUAGCACGAAUUAUCAAAUGCAUAUCGGGACGAGAUGGGGUGGUAAGAGUUGUGCAUUUAAAAACGGCUAACUCCGAGUUUGUUCGUCCGAUUUCAAAAAUUGUUCUGUUACCUACUUCGAUUGAUGAUAAGAUAUUGUAA